GGUCAAGCUCCUCAAAGCAUCACGUCUCGCCCAAGCUUCCCGUCAACACUCUCGUCACCGCGUUGCAUCAACAGCUUCGGUACACACAUAUCCAAUUGAAUUAUGGUGCAAACAUCAACAAUCGUUGCCGCCACGGUUGGCACAUUUGCAACAGGCUUUGUUGCAUACGCCGUUUAUUUCGAUUACAAGCGCCGCAAUGAUCCCCAGUUCAGAAAGCAGUUGAAGAAAGAGUCAAAACGACAAGCUAGAGCCGCGAAGGAGGAAGCAGAAGCUCAUACUGUCCGACAAAGGCAAGCCAUCAGGGUGGCUGUGGAGGAAGCUAAGGAGGAGGGAUUCCCAUCAGAUGUCGAGGAGAGAGAGGCGUAUUUCAUGCAAGAAGUUGCUCAGGGAGAGGGACUGGCAGGAGCUGGAACCGAUAACGUCGAGGCUGCUCUAUCCUUCUACAAGGCAUUGAAGGUCUACCCAACACCAUCGGACUUGAUUACGAUUUAUGACAAAACAGUGCCAAAGGCGGUCCUUGAUAUACUCGCAGAGAUGAUAGCAGCCGAUACAGAACUCAACGUUGGACCAUUUGGAGGUGGACCUGGCUCGGACAUGGAUUAGACCCCCAUUCCAUGAUACACCCCCGGACUGCAUUUCUUCUCUCUCCUCUCCACGAACACUCGACCCGACAGGCCACCAACCCACCAAAUCUCCUCCUUCAGGAGCGACCUGGAUACCUACCAUCUACAAAGGCGUUCCGCUCCUGUGUACAUCAUCUGGCGUACCUUCGAUUCUCUGUCUCACUUGUACAUUUAUGACGGUAGAAUAUACCAUACGACUGUAUUGAUGAAAAGCGAUCGUAAUACCAAUAAAAUCAGGUCGAUACCACACUUAUUGGUUUAUUUCAUUCUGUGUGUAUCUUGACUUUCAAGACCCUAAGUAGUCUCCCAUCAUGGCUUUGGCCGUCUAGUAUCUCUGAGGGCAUUGCACUUGAUGGUUCGAGCAGAUCCUCCAUGAUAUUGCUUUUGCAGCAGCCUUGCUCCCCUGCACUGCUGUGAACGUGCGCUGGACGUGCGCUCUAUCUAGAUGUGGAAGCAAAAGUAACGUGCAUGCUGUCAUCGGUCAUAUUAUUCGGAACCAUGUCAUCAAAUAUCUAGAUUGUCGUGAUUCGGGAAAUGAUUUAUUGCCUCUCUUCAAUUCGUAGUUCUGUUGCUGCAGGCAAAAGGCGCUAGUAAUGUAGUCGGCAGGCUUCAGG